AUGACUUUGGAUGAACUUAAUAACAGCGCAACGGCAUCCCACGGCCAAAAUAACCGUUGCAGCCCAAACAGCUGCAAUCAAAACACUAAUCGGCGUGUUAUAGCACCCAUUGUGCAACAAACACAACACGCGUCACCACCAAGUGGACGCGGUAUACGCCACAACAAUUCCCAGUCGCAAGUGUGUCGGGCUGUUGUGCGUUCGGCGAGAACACCCGAAAAGCGUCACUCGACAAAUCAGUUGCUCAAACGCGAUCGUUAUUACUAUCAGGUGAAUCCGCAGACGCGCUGGUAUACCAUAUAUGAACGUGUGCCAUACUUCCGUUGGGAGCCACGUUUGAGCGGCGUCUACAACAGUCCCUACCCACACUACAUACAUUUGCCGCAACAGCAGGGCCAACAAGGCGAAGACAAGGAGCAUCAUCUAUUGCCAUUGCCGCCACUCAAGCCGGAUGAGGCAAAACUGCCGCACUUGACGUCACUGCUCGAAAAGGAGAACCACCAACAACAGUUGCAAGCACAACAAUUGCAGCAGCAGGAAAAGUAUACACAACAGGCUUUUCAGCAGCAACAGCAUUUACAGCAACAACUGAAUUUGUCACACCAGCAGCAGCAGUUGCAGCAAAAGCACCAACAUCAGCAAGUGUCACAACAACAACAACAACACCACUUGCCACAGUCGCAAUUUUAUCCACAAGCAUCUGCACUUGCAACGUCAGCAACCUACAACCCAUACGACUAUCACCAGUCAGCUGCACAGUCGCCAGUCACGCUCACACCUCCACCAUCUCCGCCACAAUAUUCCCAAUUGCCUCCAUAUUCACAAACUGUGCAGUUGGCGCCGUAUUCGCAGUCGCCUGCACAAUUGCCACAGCCGCAAUUAGUGCAAUCUUCUCUGUCGCCAUCGCUGCCGGCAUCGCAGUUGCCACAACAAUACAGCCACAGUAGCAGCGCUGCAGAGCAACCACCAAAUAGGCAAUUCUACAAUUGCAACUGUCACGGUGCCUAUUUGCCGUACGAGCAGCUGCCGCCAAACUAA